CUUAAUGGCAGACUUCCACGUCGGCCGGAGCAUCUACUCCUUGGAAGACCUGUAUUCAGGAUACAAUCAACUCUCAUUGGAUGCCCGAGACAGACCAUACACCGCAAUGCAUACUCCCGUAGGACAAUUGCAGAUGCAGGUGACCCUGAUAGGUUUUACGAAUGCAGUAGCCGAGGCACAAAGGAGGAUGCUCGCCGUAGUCGGGGACAUGUUCCCAGAUAAAUGUGAACCCUACAUCGACGACAACCCAAUCAAGGGCGCUCAGGAGAAGGACGAAACAAAAGUUCGGCUGGGGAUCCGAAAAUUUGUAUGGGACCAUCUGCAAGACAUCAAGGACUUACUCAACUGCUUCCUAGUAUACAAUAUCACUGCUAGCGGACCAAAGAGUAUUCUGGCAGUUCCGGAGGUGACCAUAUUGGGAUUUCGCUGUGGAGCAUAUGGGAGGAAGCCGGACCCGGCGAAAACCGAUAAGAUAUCCCAGUGGCCAACGCCCCUGCUCACAACGACGAAAUUGGACGUAAUCCAGGCGAUACACGACGGACUAGCUGGGGGACAUCAAUCGUCCAAAAGGACCCUUGCAAAAAUAACACCUCUCUACUAUUGGCCAGGCAUGGCGGGUAUGGUGGCCACGUACUGUCAGAUCUGUCUAAUCUGCCAGGAACGGAGCUCGAUCCGCGUCUUCGAGCCACUUAGACCAACACGGGUGCUAGGGCCAGGGUAUGUGAUCCGUCUCGACCUUUUGGUCAUGCCUGUGUCAACAGAUGGAUACAAGUAUAUUCUGGAUGCUAAGGACAACUUGAGUGGGUUUGUGGAGGCAAUUGCCCUCAAGAAAAAGACGGGAAAAGGGGUAGCGGACUGGAUAGAGGAUUUAUACCUGAGGCAUCCCUUCAUCAGGAGGUUCAUAGCAGAUAAUGGAACCGAAUUUGUAAACCAGGAAAUGUUGAGUAUGCUUAAGAGGCUUUGCGUACCUAUCAAGCUCAUCGAGCCAUAUCACCCCGAGGCUAAUGCGCCUGUGGAAAGGGGGCACCAGACCUUAAAGAACACGAUCGCAAAGCUCGCAGCAGAUGAUCUUGGGAGUUGGUCCAGGUACCUUAAGCAGACUGUCUUUUCGGAGAACAUGACCGCAAAAAGGACAACGGUAUGUAUUCCAGCGGAACUUUGGUACGGAAGAGUGAUCGAUUUUCCUGUGGAGGCGUUGAUACCCACGUGGAACAGACUAGAUGACGAUCCGCACAUGACCACGGAGGAGCUAAUUGAAGCACGAUGUCGACAGGUCCUUCGAAACGAGGAGGCCAUAUGAAGGACAUUGUCAACCGGGUACUGGAUAGCAGGAUGAGGGACAAAGCAAGGUGGGACCAGGAUUAGGAAAAAUACCCCAGAGACUAAGAAUGGAGUUCGGCAACGAAAAUGACAGCAACUGGAUCAACAAGCCCAGCCAGAAAGAAGAAACGAAACCAAGUGGGGAACAAAAACUAAAAAGAGAA